AUGGCUUCAGGCCACCGCGUGAAGCGGUCCACAACGGUGAAUAGAUACGUCAUGCCCUGCGACGACGGCAGCGGCUCCACGAUGUCCACGUUCCUCCUGGUCUUUGGCUGCUUGGUUCUGUCGGUGCUCUCUACAAUCCCGGAGCACGCCACACUUGCUUCGCACUGUCUCUUCAUCCUGGAAUUCGUGAUGAUCGUGGUGUUUGGGCUGGAGUUCAUCGUGCGAGUGUGGGCGGCGGGCUGCUGCUGUCGUUACCGCGGGUGGAUGGGACGCGCCCGCUUUGUACGCAAGCCGUUCUGUGUCAUCGAUAUCCUGGUUCUGAUCGCCUCCGUCGCCGUCAUUGCUGCCGGCACACAGCAGAACAUCUUUGCCACGUCCGCCCUCCGAAGUCUCCGCUUCCUGCAGAUUCUCCGCAUGGUGCGUAUGGACCGUCGAGGAGGCACCUGGAAGCUGCUGGGCUCCGUGGUGUAUGCGCACAGUAAGGAGCUGAUCACGGCCUGGUACAUCGGCUUCCUGGUGCUCAUCUUCUCCUCGUUCCUCGUCUACUUGGUAGAGAAGGAUUCCAAUGUGCAGUUUGCCACGUAUGCAGAUGCUUUGUGGUGGGGCACGAUUACACUGACGACCAUUGGAUAUGGGGACAAGACUCCCACCACCUGGUUGGGGAGGCUGCUGUCGGCGGGAUUUGCCCUCCUUGGGAUCUCAUUCUUCGCACUUCCAGCGGGCAUUCUUGGCUCAGGGUUUGCCUUAAAAGUUCAAGAACAACACCGGCAGAAACAUUUUGAGAAGAGGAGGCAUCCUGCUGCAAGCCUCAUCCAGUAUGUGUGGCAUAGUUAUGCUGCUGAUGAUGAGAACUCGGUUUCUAUAGCAACCUGGAAGCCACAUUUGAACGCCUUGCAUAUCUGCAGCCGUGCAAAAAAAGACCAAGGAGAGACUGUCGCCAGCCACAAAUUAAGUUUUAAGGAUCGGGUGCGAAUGGCCAGCCCCAGGGGUCAAGGGGUGAAAGGUAGGCAAGCCUCGCUAGGUGCCGACCGCCCGUCACCCGGCAACGACCUCGCCGCAGAGACCAGUCCCACCAAGAUGCAGAAGAGCUGGAGCUUCAAUGACCGGACUCGACUGCAACCUUCACUGCGAUAUAAGGCCGGUCAGGCACGCGGCACAACAGACGAUGCUGUCAUGGCUCCAGAUGAAGGCUUUGAUGAAAGGGGAGGUCACGCUGAGCUCUCAGUGAAGGAGCUUACACCCGUCUUCAAGACUGUAAUUAGGGCCAUCAGGUUUAUGAAGUUCCACGUUGCAAAAAAAAAGUUCAAAGAGACUCUACGGCCAUACGAUGUGAAGGAUGUGAUUGAGCAAUAUUCGUCUGGACAUUUGGACAUGCUCAGUAGGAUUAAGAGUCUGCAGUCACGCGUUGACCAUAUUCUUGGGAAAGGACAAAUCACAACGGAAAAGAGGUCUCGUGAUAAAGGACCCGCAGACAAUGAUGUCACUGUUGAUCUUAGCAUGAUGGGACGGGUGGUAAAAGUUGAAAAGCAGGUACAGUCCAUUGAGUCAAAGCUGGAUGUGCUCUUGGAAGUCUACAGGCAGCGUCUAUGGAAAGGCUCCAUCUCAGCGUUGACUCUUGCCUCUCUGCAGAGCCCUACACUUGACCUCGAUCAAACGUCUGAUUAUCAAAGCCCUGUAGAUGGGCUCUGUUCAGCACGGCCCAGCAACUGCACGUCAAGAUCUACAAGUGCCAGGGGACUGCAGCUCAUCCUCACACCAAAUGAUCCAAGUGCUCCCUCUUACGGCAAUGUUAGCCCGGUCGCGCAUGCUCACCUUACUCCUGGUAACAAGACUGAUGGGCCUACGAUGCUUGCAGAAAAGCCAAUAGUUCCAUCUGCCAAGGCAGGAGAGACCUCUCGGCAGUUACCACCCUUCCAGAAUGGCAGUAGGGUAGCUCCCCUCCAGAUUAUUCCAGUCACUUCACACAGGGUUGAUUCUUACGUCACCACAUGCCUUGUCGCUGGCCAAACGGCAGAAGUUAAUUACACUCAGGAGAUGCCGUGGAGGAGGUGCCAGAGUGUAGAAAGCGACUCCUUGGUCACAGUUUGUUCAGUGACGGACAAACCUUUAGAACACUCGCUAUCAGUGCAAAAUCUGAUCCAGCCAAGGCAAGGACUGAUGGUGCCAUUCAUGCGCAGGAACCCCAAGAGUGCCAAGGUGCGACAAGAGCACUACCCCAAAUGGACAGAAUCACAAUUCCUGGUCGGGGAUGAGAUCAGCCCAGAGACGUUCGACAUCACAAACACAACGAGGGCUGGCAUUCCCAGAACAUCUCAACUCAUCGAUCAAACUGAAAAUCCUGUACGAUCCUUGAGCAUGUCUCCAGUUCACUUAAAAUGAGAACAAAAGAAGCUUCCUUUUCACGUGUUACUUGAAAAUGCAGCUUUCUCUGAAGUCUCUGAAAAUGGGAUGUCACUUGGACGCUCGGAGACACACAAAAAAGUGCAGAUGCUGGAAUUUCGAGAUGAACACAAAAUGCUAGAGUAACUCAGCGGGUCAGGUAGCAUCUGUGGAAGGAAUCGACAGACGACGUUGAGGGUCAGGACCCAUCUCCAGAGAGUCACUUGGACAUACUGGCGACAUACUGAACAAAUUAAAAAGGCACUUGUAGGUUCCGUACUGGCCUAGUUGCAUGAAUGAACGCAUGCUAAAUUGUAAAUGAGAUUGUUUUAAAGUAUUGUGGGAGCAGCUUGUUUCUUUGAUAUACCAGGAAUUAUUUUUGUAACAAAUGUGCACACAGACAAUUUGAUGUUGUACCAGAGAACAGUCCCGGGAUCUGGACUGAUUAAGACUACUUUUAUUUACAGGAUAGUUGCACUUUCCAACUUCUGUACUGUUUAUGAAACCCUGUUACGUUCUUUUAUCCAGGCAAUGCCUCCUGUUUACACCAGAAGUAUUUUUUCUGAUUAAUGUGAGGUACAAGGUAUAGACCCUCAUUCUGCUUGAAAAUUGUUUGUAAAAUAUUCAACGUUACUUUGAAAGUUAAUUGCUGAAUAUUUUAUUGAACUUUUUAUUUUAAGGUUAAGUGUUCAGCUCAGGUUGUUCUAAGAACCUUUUCGGUGUGGAGAGAAGUGUGUGAACAAUCAAGGAGACAGAUGGGGGGGAUGGAGUACCAGAGCUAGAAGUCAGUAUAGUCUUCAACUGUGAACAUACUGUAACCUGUAAGAUGUUAUAAAUGAUGUGGCUUCCUUUGAAGCAUAUCCAGCCUUGGGCAAACUCUUUUCCAUUAGAAUAAGAUAUUCAUGUCUCUCUUAAAAAAAAAAGACUUACUGUAGAAUGCUUUGUAUAUCAUUUUCUUAAUGUAUGUAUAAGAGAUGCUGAUAUUUGUACUGAUUAGAUAUAUAAUACCGUUUGAACAGCAACCUGGCUGGUAGAUCCAGAUGCUGCUUUGAAGCACAAUUUGCUGAGCAAUCGAUCAUAUAAUAGAAACAUAGAACCUUACAGCACAA